AAAAAUCAAUUUCUAAAAUUGAAAAAAAUCUCAUUAAUGAAGUAUUAAAAGUGUAAAUUUUACAAAUUUUAAAAUAUGUUUUUUUAUGAUCCAAAAGUAAUAUUUUAUCUUUAUAAUAAAAAAUAAAUGUCAUUAGUAGCGUCAACAAGUGUAUAUGCUAUAUAACCUCAACGUAUUUUCUUAACACAAUUUUUAAUAAAUAAUGAUAUUUUAAUAAAGAAACACAAUGAGGGAUCUUUAUUUAUCGAAUUGUGAAAAGAAUUUUAUUCAAAAAAUUAUUUCGGAAGGGCAUCGAUUAGAUGGCAGAAUUUACAAUGAGAGCCGAAAAUUAGAUAUAUCAUAUGGAUCAGAAUAUGGCAGUUGUAUUGUUUCUUUAGGAGAAACUAAGAUAUUAGCCCAAGUAUCAUGUGAAGUAGUACAGCCUAAGCAAAUAAGGCCCAACGAAGGUAUUCUAUUUAUUAAUGUAGAAAUAAGUCCUAUGGCCGCCCCACAGUUUGAGGCCAACAGACAGACAGAUCUUACAGUUUAUCUUAACAGACUUUUGGAGAAGUGCUAUAAAGACUCUAAAUGUAUAGAUUUAGAAUCCUUAUGCAUUGUUGUAGAAGAGAAGGUGUGGUCAUUAAGAGUAGAUAUAAAAGUUUUAAAUCAUGACGGAAACUUAAUUGAAUGUGCCAGCAUCGCUACACUAGCAUCAUUGGCCCAUUUUAAAAGACCCGAUGUAACUCGUAGUGGAGAUAGUAUUAUAAUUCACACAUUAUCUGAAAAAGACCCCAUACCUACCGUCUUAUACCACUACCCUGUUUGUGUAACUUUUGCUAUAUUUAGUAACAAUAUUCUAGUAUCGGACCCUAGUUUUAUAGAAGAAUCAGUGUGCACAAGUAACUCUGAGGAAGGCAGUACAGGAGGAUUGCUAGUCGUUGGAAUGAAUCAGUAUAAGGAGUUGUGUGUAUUGAAUCUAAGUGGUGCUGCUAUAUAUAAUUCAAAUGUUGUGCAUAAAGCCAUACUUAAUGCGGCUGAGAAGUGUAAGAAUAUUGUCGAAGAGGUUAAAAGUAAAAUUGUAACCGAUGAUAAUUUUAGGCAAAAGCGUGUUAAGAUCAAUUUCGCCGAUAUUAUUACAACAGAUCACAUACAGACACUGUGUAAGAAGGAUCUUAGUAUUUGUCUUAAAAAUUUUAAAAUCAAUGAUGUGAAACAAGAGGACGAUUCGGAAAUGUCCGAGGAUAAUGUAACAGAAGACAGUAAAUACGACGUUGUAGCAACAAAGCCAAAUGUAGCUGAAAUUAAGUCCAAGGAAGCUAAAUCGUCAUGGAUAGAAAUAUCAUCAGAAUCUGAAGAAGAUUAAAUGAAACAAAAGUUUGUCGAAUAAAAUGUAAUAAACUACACUUUAUUGUGUUAAA